UUGUACAUAGCAAGGAUGUUAUUAAAGUGAACAAGAAGGGCCAAUUAUGUCUUUAUAAGCUGGACUCUGUCCGCUUCCCAUCCACUUUGGUUCAGAUAAAAUCUGAUAAGUAAUAAUAAAUCACGUGCAUCAAUUUUUAUAUAUUUUCUCUUCGGCCGCAAGUCCUAGCUUUCCCCAGCCUACAAAUUUUUUGACUCACAUCAUUAUGCUUCGCACAUUAAGCUCUAAGAUUGCUCGUCCUGUACUUCAGCGACCUCUCAUGGCCACUGGUACUAGAAUGUAUCACGAAAAGGUUAUUGACCAUUACGAAAGACCCCGAAAUGUUGGUUCCAUGGAUAAGAAAGACCCCUCAGUUGGCACUGGUCUCGUUGGAGCACCUGCCUGUGGUGAUGUUAUGAAGCUCCAAAUUAAGGUUGACGAUGUCACUGGCAAGAUUACCGAUGUCAAGUUCAAGACGUUCGGCUGCGGUUCUGCCAUUGCUAGCAGCAGCUUUAUGACUGAACGUGUCCGUGGUUUGAGCUUGGAUGAGGCUGGUCAAAUCAAGAACACUGAAAUUGCCAAGGAACUUUGCCUACCUCCUGUUAAGCUUCAUUGCUCUAUGCUUGCUGAAGAUGCCAUCAAGUCCGCUAUCAAGGAUUACAAGAAGAAGCGUGCUGCUGCUGCCGCCUCUACCCCUGCUGCCGAUGCUGCUGCACCGGCUGCCGCAACCGCUUAAGAUAAUCCGAUAACUUACAUACGACCUUUUUUGUUGCUCCAAAGUUGUUCGUUCUGUAUAUAGUGUCAGCUUAUUGCUGCAGACUACCCUUGACAUUCU